AUGGCUGACGUAUUAGAUAUUAAUGAUGCCGUUGAUAUAGAUGUAGAAGAUGAAGGUGAGCAAAGCGUUUUGAGACUAAAAGACAAAGUUAUAAAACGAAAAGGUCGUGGUUUUGGUCCCGGCGAAGGAAGAGAGCAUGAAAAAGUAAGAGGUUACGAGUCAAUUGAUGCUGGAGAACACGGUGAUGAACCAGGGCCCCAAAAAUCAGUAGAAGGUUGGAUAUUGUUUGCUACUUCGGUUCAUGAAGAGGCUACUGAAGAAGAUUUAAGUAAAAAGUUUUCAGACUAUGGAGUAAUAAAAAACAUUAGUAUUAAUUUAGAUCGACGAACGGGAUUUUUGAAAGGUUACGCUCUAAUUGAAUACGGAACAUAUGAAGAAGCAUCUACAGCUAGAGAAGCCUUAAAUGGAUCUUCUCUACUAGGUCAAACGAUUGGAGUAGACUGGUGUUUUGUUAAAGGAGCAAAGAAGUCUAAAAAACGUAGCAAAAGACACUAA